AUGGAUGUGACACUCGAGCCUCCAGCUGCACCUCUCGCUACAACCGACUAUCCCAUCCCCAAAUCCGAAGUCACCUUCACAGUAAACUGCCACGACCGGUACUUCAAACACGUCACCAUCACCGACUCCAGCGGUCAAGAACUCUUCAGUGCCGAAAGCCCUGGCAUAAAAUCCUGGUCCUGGCGUCGCACAGUCAAAGGCACAUCCGGACUCCCUCUCUUCGAACUCCGCCACUUCAACUACCUGAGCGAGAACAACUGGCUGGUCAAAAGCCCCUCCGGCCGCGAGCUGGCGAAAAUUAAACACAUGUCCAGGUUCGCCAAACAGCAUUCGGCGCUGGAUGUGAAGUUUCGCAAUGAAGCCGCUGGCGAUGAGGAUGCCGGUGUAGAACUCCAUGUCCGGCCGCAGGAUCGCCAUGCGAUCACGACGUUGGUUAAGUUUAAGGAGACUUGUGUUGCUGUGAUUCAACUUACCGGUUCAAACGAUGUCCAUGAUCUUAGCGUGGCUGAUAGGUCGACGUGGUGUGUUCGUGUUGAUGCUGGUGUUGACCUUGCUCUUAUCCUUGUUCUUGUUCUUUGUCGGGCUGAGAAUCAUCAUGUAUUCAGGAAAUAGAAAGUGACCCUGUCAGAAAACGGCGAUUUCUCGUGGGAUAUCAUGGCUUGGCGGAAGCUAUAGUUGAUGGAGUUUGAGUGUACGAGUAUAUGCUCAGUCGUUGAUGUUGCAGUAAUGGUAUGAUCGUUAGCGUGAUAUCAAUCUUACUAUUGGAU